UAAGAAGAAACCCUAGAUAAAGAAAAAAAAAAUGGUGGCAAGACUUUUUGGUCAUCCUCAACAUAAAGCAUCAACAUCAUCAUCCUCUCCAUUUCUUCCUACCUAUAAAACCCUGGUCUUUGUCCCCGGAUUUCUCCACCCAACACAUUUUUUCCAUCAAACGUAAUUAGCAACGACAGCUAAGCUUCUUCUUCUGUUGAUCCUGAUUUUGUCCGCAACUUCAAGAAGAACCAACAAGUCUACAUAUAGCAAAGGAAAGAAGCUUCAAGAAGAAAAGAAAUUAAGGAAGAAGAUGGGCAGAGCUCCAUGCUGUGACAAAGCUAACGUGAAGAAAGGUCCAUGGGCUCCUGAAGAAGACGCUAAGCUCAAGGCCUAUAUCGAAACUCAUGGAACCGGUGGAAAUUGGAUUGCUCUUCCUCAGAAAAUUGGGCUUAAGAGAUGUGGAAAGAGUUGCAGAUUGAGAUGGCUGAAUUAUCUCCGCCCAAACAUCAAACAUGGUGGAUUUACUGAAGAAGAAGACAAUAUCAUAUGCAGCCUCUACAUAAGUAUUGGAAGCAGGUGGUCGAUUAUUGCAGCCCAAUUGCCUGGAAGAACUGACAACGAUAUCAAGAACUACUGGAACACAAGGUUGAAGAAGAAAUUACUCGGACGGCGAAAACAGUCCCAAAUGAAUAACAGAUUCUCAGGUGAUCAAAAGGAUCAGCUGGCAAAUUGUGGAGAAGAAAACACCUUGAGCAACUCAGCUCUGGAAAGGCUUCAACUCCAUAUGCAACUCCAAAGCCUUCAGAACCCUUUCUCUUUUUACAACAAUCCUGCACUUUGGCCUAAGUUGAACCCUCUUCAAGAAAAAAUGCUUCAGGCCCUCCAAAAUCUGAAUCAAUCCCAAAACAGUAGUAAUCCAUCAAUUUUGCCACAGGUUAACAAUAUUAGUCCUAAUGCUGCUGAUGUUCAACAAAACGUCGAAUUCCUCAAUCAAGCGGCUAUGUCAGCUAGGAUUCAGCAAGAGCUACAGAGCUCUAUGAGUGGAAACAAUCAGCUAAACUCAUCAUCUGUGGAGCCAAAAACAUCAUCUGAGAUGUUGGAGCCUAAUAAUACUUCGACAUUUACGCAAGCUGAAAUCGACAACUUCCUCAACAUGAACAGCAAAACAGCCAGCUCUUUUCUGUCUUCAGAGAAUCAUCAUCAGCUGCCAGAAUUUGAUUCUUUGAAAGAAAUGGAUAGUGCGAGGGAUGCCAUGAUGUGGUGGUCUAACAAUGACAUCGACACGAACUCGGCAUCUUCGAGCUCGUGGGAUUCGACUACCCUUAUGCAUCAUCAUCAAUCUGAUCAAGGAAUCUACCAAGAUUAUGCCAUUGGAUACAAUAUGUGAUCAUAGGCGAUUCAGAGUUUGGCUCUUGUGGAGCUUUGGCAGUAGUACAUUGUUUGUUCUUUUUAGUCAUAAAGGGGUUACUAUAUUGAGACAAAGCUGGAUAAGCUGAUUAAUUAUGGGUGUUGUAAAUUGUUGUGAAUAAUAAUGUUAUGUCC